UCGUCAUCGGGUAGCGCUUGCCACACAAACUCCCCUGACAACCGUUAAACGCGUGCCAGUUUGAAACCCCUUGGUUCAAGACAACAUUUUUCUUGCAAGUGUUUACUACAGGGUUUUCAAAGACCGCAACCAUGGCAACCGACGAUAACUUCCCCUGUUCGCUAACACUUCAAGUGCCCUUCCCUGAUGCUCGGUUGGCUUCUGUUGCUCUCCAGGCCUUAAGGGUAGACAAGGAGCUCUCCGGCCUCGUCAAGCGAGAGCUUUCGACCGUUGCGUCCCCUGGCAGCGAAUAUGCCGGGGAGACGGUCCUGCAAGUCGACUACAAGGCGACCACAAACCGCAUGCUCCGCGUCGCCGUGAAUUCCUUCAUGGACAGCCUGGCGUUGGUGUUGGAGGUGCAGGAGGAGAUGGAUGUGGAUGUCAUUGAGUCUGAGAAGGCCAGCAACUGAGGGCUGGCUGUGUCGAGACUCUUACGGGUUUAUUCCUGCUACACCAGAUCCAAUUCACCCACCCAUCUGAGGCCAUAGAUGACCAGACAGAAAGGGCGCCAUGCCUCCGGACACUGAGCGGUUAGCAGGUAGAGGCAACCAUGGUGGUUGAUCACUACCUGUACGCAUGCCUACCUCCUCGGGUAUGAGGUGUUCCUACGACGGA